UCAGGCUGACUUCCUGCUCUCAGCUGUGGGCCACAACUCAGGGACUACAAGCCUGUGAGGAAACAAAGGAUCAGAGCUCACCCUUUCAUGAGCCUGGCAGGAGCUGGGAGACAGAGGUGGCAGCUUCAGCAACAGGAUGUCCACAGAGCAUGAGGACACAGAGAGGUCUUCCUUUGAACCUAUACGCCGGUACUUCAAAAGUAUUAAAGUGGCGAUUUCAAAUGCAAUAAGAAAGCCAUUUCCUUUUUUUGCCGUCCUUCGUGACACUGAGCUCAUCACCAAUAAGAUGUAUGAAGAUUUUAGAGAUACCUGUACAAACCUGGUCCCUGUACAAGAAGUGGUCUACAGAGCCUUGGAAGUACUGGAGAAGAGACUUGACUGGCAGGUUCUAUGGGUAUUGUUCUGUGUGGAAAAUAUAAAGGCAUACCCUGAUUUGGAACACAUUUGGGAAAGUCUUAAAAAUGUCUUACCACAGAACGAAUUGUGGUCCAGAGAAAUUGAAAGAAGGGACCUAAACUCACAGCUCAGUCUUGAACAAGGACCUGGUAACAGCUGCUCUGGAGAAAGCCUGACCUCGUCACCCACAGGUCCCUCCUCAUCAAAUGGCUGGAGAAGUAAUGAUGAAGAAAAUACCACCCUCACCCAGGGAAACCAAACUGAGAAUCAUCAAUUCCCCAUCUCCCAGAUUCACAAUGCUGUGGUUUUAUCUGAAAAUGGACUGUCAGAAAACCUCAAUGAAACAGUAAGGAUUAACCACCUGAGAAGAGACACCACUGGCAACGACAUUGAUGAUCUGCAAAGGCCCCAAGCAGCCAUACAGCCAGGCCCAGGUUCUGAGCAGGAGGAGUCCUGUGAACUAGAAGUCCAACUGAGUGACAGAGAUGCAGGCCUGGAGCCUCACAUCCCAUUGCCCUGCAGCAACGAAAGAGCAGAGCUACUCAGCCAUGGAAUCAAAACUCGCCCUUGUUCUGUGAAUCUGGUAGAUAUAAAGCAAGAAAAUUUUUCAGUUUUCUUGAGCGGUGAACAUCAGACCCACACAAGGACCGACCACAGUCAGGCCUCUGAGGUAAUAGACCUUACCAGAGAUAAUUCUGAUGAUGAAAACAGCUGCUCAGAGGAAUCCACCUCAGCCACCUGCCAGUCAAAGCCUGUAAAUUCCAGAAAUCCUCCUAGAUCCACACACAUACAUAGGAGAAGAGGUACGUCUCAUACUGACAGCUCGAGCACCAGGAAAAGACAAAGGACAAAUACCACAUAUGCUGAGAACAACUCUACCUCGGGAAAGCAUGGUCGAAAAAUAAGGAAAAAGAGAGACAAAAUUGGAAAAUGCGUAACUCGGAACAUCAAAAUACCAAUGCCCACAAUCUGGAAAAAAGCUUACAUGCGGAGACGUAUCAACAGUUCUUCACGAAGAGGCAGAAUAAGAGGACUGAGAGAUCCCAGACAAAACAAUGUGGAUUUUAGGCGUCCUGAGCUUCCGGUGAUCUGUGGUACUGCUAAGGGGACUCUGUACAAGGAAAAAUUUAAGAAAGGCAUCCAUGUGAAGAGUAUACGGAGUGACAAUAGGAGGUUCACGCCCAGGGAGUUUGAAAUCAGAGGAAACCGUGAAAGAUCCAAGAACUGGAAGAAAAGCAUACGUUGUGAUGGAUACACCCUGAAAGUAUUGAUAGAGAACAAGUAUGUACCAGACCCACCAAAGAAAAAGAGAGAGUGUACGGUGUGCAGAGGAGGACGGAACUUGUACCCUUGUGAUAGUUGUGGGAAAUUCUAUCAUGAAAAAUGCCACAUCCCACCUGUGGAAGACAAGAGGGGCCCAUGGAGCUGUGUCUUCUGCAAGAUAAAGGAUCAGGCAAAGUGCCAAGAAAAUCAAGCAUUUCAUAAGGAAUCUGAGGUCCUGAAGAGGAAGAUGUUGCCUGAGGAGCAGCUGAAAUGUGAGCUUCUUCUCUUGACUCUCUAUUGUGCACCAAUAUGUUGCUUUUUUAUCCGCAAACCAAAUCAAAGGAAAGAAGACUUUCCAGAUGUCAAGGAACACAUGUGGUUAGACAAAAUCAAGAACAGGCUAAACAAGAAGGUAUACUAUUUGGUACAACACUUUGUUGCAGACAUGCGCCUCAUCUUUCAUAACCACAGCAUAUUUUAUAAAAAGCAGGUGUUCAGCAAUCUUGGAGACACAAUAAGAAAAAUAUUUGAGAAGAAUUUCAAAAGAAUUUUUUCAAUCAACGAAACAAGCAAAUAGCUUCAACCAUAUAAGCACACUGUUUUGUUUACUUAGUUUUUUUCUAUUCUCUCUACUACCCAUUAUUACCAUUCAGGCGUUAUGCUGGCAUGUCCUCCGUCACCUGGCAGGAUGUGCUUGCCAGUAAUCAGGCAGUACUCUGACCUGCUCCCGGUCCUGACAAUGUCAUCAGCUACACAUCAGAUAUGUUGCUACAGCUUCACCCCCUUUAAAAGGAGGAGCUCUAUUGCCUGCCUUCUGUCUCUGCCUCUCUUUGUAUCUCUCCAUGCCUGUCUGUCUGUGUCUGACUCUGCUUCUCUGUACCUUUGUCUCUGUCUCUCUGCCUCUCUGACUAUCUGUGUCUGUCUCUCUGCAUCUCUGUAUCGCUUUCUCUUUCCAUGAGGCUGCUCCACACUUUUUCUCUCUCUUCCCUCCCCCCCGCCCCGCAAAAAAACUCUCCACACAAGCACUGUUUGCAAGGUGUGUUCUCUUUCUCACCCGCUGUGGGUCCUUUUGGCUCCAACCAGUCAAGGUCUCUCUUGCACCAUUUUCCAACAUUGGAUCUGAGACUCGGCAGGCCCCUCCCAGCAUCCUGAGGCAUGAUGGGACCCUGGAGCAAGUUCAUCUACAACAGCCUUGCUGCUCCAUCGCUGGACCCCUCCAUCCAACACUGACAUGAUUGGUGACCUCUCCUUCUCUGACCAUGUUCCCACGAAUCAGGAUCCUUGACUGUGGUUUCUCACAUUUUGGCUCCAUCCCAGUACUGGGUAACCAUGUGUCUCUCAGGCUCAGAGUGCCCCCCCACUGCCCCUACCCCCACUACAAACUUUUGUAUGCUAAUAAAAUAUAUGUUAGAUUUGUUACAACAUACUCUACAUCUGGUCUAAAAUAUAGUCUAUAUGGUGAGAAAAGUUUGAGGUUAUGAAGAUCUUUUCAGAGGAACAAAACCUAACAUGACGAUUUACACGUAAGUUAUUAUAUCUUUGCCAAAUAUUCAACACCAAACUUCUAGAGAAUUUAAAUAAGUGGCACCAUUAGUUUGAUAAAAAGAUAUUUGAUAAAUAAGAUAUGUAUUUUAUACUGAAAUGACUGAUCCCUAAGAGGGUCCUUUUCCCAGAGUUGGGUACUUGGGCAGAGGCCCCCAGGCCUGUCAAGGGCAGUACUGGCCUCUGUGCUCCUUCAAUCCCUACUCAUGGGCCACACCCCAACUCACAAAACCUCUUUUCUCCCGUUUCCUUUUGGCUGUGAUGAUCGCUCCCUUAUUACUUUUCCUUGCCUUCUCAGGAGAUAGUCUUAGUUUGGUACAAACUUGUUUUUACCAACAGAAUGGUUAUUUUGGUAUCUUUUCUGAGUCCAUUUUCUGUGAUUAAAAAGUUGAAGCUCUUUUAGUGUCAAAAUAAUGAUACUAAAAGAGCUUCAAUUCAAAAUCAUUAUUUUUAAGGUUAACCUGACAGGAAUGUGAUAUAUAGUCCUAUAUUAUGGGGGUGCAGACUAUUAUAGUCUGUAAGGAAUACAAGUUCAUGGUCGUCUUAUAAAAGAGCAAGUUGUUUAAUUGCAGUCAUUCUAAGUACUGAUGAAAUUAGUUACAGAGAUGAAACCUACCUAGUUCCCUAUAUGUUUUCAGAGUUAAGCUUAAAACAAGUUAAUUUGAAACAAAGUUCAUCUAUUGACAUAUACCUAAUAGACAGUCUUCAAAAUGCUCAGAGGUCUGAGAACAUAGCGAUUAAAAUGUUUAAUUAAAAAGUUUUUCAUAAUAGAGAGAUGUGUCAGCUCCCGGCAGGACCCCUAAUUCAGCCAAAGAAGAUAGAUGGAAAGAGAAGAGCCUUCACCCAGAACUUGCUUCACAAGUGACAGCACUAAUUAACCACUGACCAAAAACCUCCUUUCACCUCAAUUGCUGCUAAGACCUCUUCAGACCAUGGACAAAACAGGACACUGGGGAAUCACCUGCCUCAAGUUGCCUAGACAAACGUAGGCUAGUCUUCCUACAAGUUCCUACUCUACUGGGUCUUCUGAGGCCUAGCAGUCCUACUCCUUCCAGUCAAAGGCUUGCCCUGAGACCUCUGCCCUCAUGAUCGUGGAUGACCCUGGGGAGUAGCUUUAUUUUUUUAAGAUUUAUUUAUUUAUUGUGUAUACAGUGUUUUGCCUACAUGCAUGCCUGCAGGCCAGAAGAAGGCACCAGAUCUCAUUACAGAUGUUUGUAAGCCACCAUGUGGUUGCUGGGAAUUGAACUCAGGACCUUUAGAGGAGCAGGCGGUGCUCUUAACCACUGAGCCAUCUCUCCAGCCCGUCUCUGUCACUUUUAAUCACUAACUCACGUAAAAUUUAUCCUUCUCAGAACUCUGAUGCUGUUUGAUGACUAGGCUAGAGGUAGCUUUAUGAAUUUAAUAGCAACAACCAAGGCUCCAGCUGUCGUCUCAGUUCUCUGUACACAAUUGAAGUCACAGGCCUCAUACUCCUAAAGCUAAUACUAAGUCUAAGCACACUUUACCUCGUUACCAGACUCAGAAGGGAAAUAAACUCACAAAACAGAUUUAGGUAUAACUUCUUACCAUUCCUUUGUUUAAAGGAAUUAACUUACUUUACAGAGACUGCUCUCAGUGGCCAGCCACCUGGCCAAUUAGAUAUAAAGAUAGAAAUAUUUAAGUAAUAAUAAGGAUAAAGUGAUCUGAGCUGCAUAAAAGAAUAAAAUGUUUUGGAUUUCUUUCCCUCAUAUGCUACUAUUGUAUUCAGACACCACAAGAUCACAGUCUCAACAGCAAUCAAUGAAAUUCUGGUAAAUUAUUAAUUUAUCUCUGGCUAUCACUAUACUAUCUUAGCUACAAGAUUAGUAUUUUAAGCUGCCUUUGGUUGUUUUCUAAAUAUAGACUUAAAAGAUGCUUUUCAUUGUGCUAAAAACAUCUGCCACAGUUUUCCAGACAGAAAAAAAAAAAAGAAUAUUAUUGCGUUUGGCAACAAUCAUUUUUUGGUCCCCUUCUCUCUUUCUCUCUGCUUCUCUAUCUCUCUAUGUCUGUAUCUCUGCCUCUCUGUCUCAGCAAUUCUGUAUAUAUCUCUCUCUUCCCAUGAGGCUGGUCUGUGCUCCCUUUCUCUCUCUCUCCUCUCUCCUUCCCUCCCCCCAAUUAAAUUCUCCACAUGAGUGCUGUCUGCAUAGAUGUCUCUCACACCCACUGUGGGGCCCCUUGGCUCCAAGCAACCAAGGUCUCUUGCAUGCACUUUAUAACACCUAUUCCUCCAGCAGUACAAUGCUCAGAGAGCCCACCUGCUCCCUGCCCUUCUGUGUAAAUGACCUGCCACACUUCUGCUUUGACUUUCUAUAUUGUCCUCUUGUUCAAUUACCUUUCUAAAUAAAACUUAAUGUUUGCAAUGUACAUCACAAGGGUGAACUGUCAGGUGCUGAGGGAGCCCACUGAGAAGGUGACUUUGGAAACAAGAUUGUACCCCUCCCCCAUUAUAAACCCAAGUACGUUUGUCUCCAAAUGUCCUCCAAAGCAUCUUUUCUAAGGCUGACUUGGCCCUUGAACCCAGUGACUAGGCAGAGAUUACAACAAAACAGACCAGGAAUCAACACACGGUCCUUGGGAACAGCUAGAAGAUGAGCCAUGUCUAACAUAAACUAAAAUUGUUCAUCUUGUAAUAUAAAAUGGGAACGAGAAGUCAGAAGUUCAACCCUGGGUGCUCAGUCAUGGAGAGAAAACUCAACUGUGAACUGUGACUGACUGCUCGGCUUCCACAGACAGUUUCUGUUGGCUGCUGUGAGCAUCCAAUCUGAUGAUGUUAUCUCUCUGUUGCUGUUUAUUCUUCAACAUAGAAGCCUCACCAAAUGCUAACCCUGGUCUGCCCUGAACUCCACUGGGAACUCCAGACCCCACCCCCACCACCUCUACAGACAUCCCCAGUCAGUUUUCCCUGGAUUUUUCAAGUACAUGAUGAGCAAUGUUCUGUUAUUUUUCUCUUUCCUCUUUUACUUUGACUUGUUACAUACUUAAUAAACUCAUUCAAAACUCAAA